UCACCCGGCGCUCACCACAGCUUCCUGCCACAGGCAGGCAGGCACUGAGGAGAGGCAGGCGCAGAGUCCAGGGGCAGGUAGGGCUGGGGCACAGGGUCUGUGUAGGGGUGGCUGGCGCCAGACUCCAGGUCAGGGCCUGACCGCCCUGGGUUCAAGGGUCUUCCAGAGCCUGCGCUGACGCCCACUGAGGGGAGGAGACCCAGGGAGCCCCCGAGGAGGGCGCAGCUGCCCCCCACCAGGCUCCCAGCCUCGUGCCCGCUCAGCCCCUGUACCCUUCGUGGCCUGGCCCUUGCCCCGCUGCUGCUGUGUCCCCAAGGGGUGUGCGGCGAGCAGCUAGGCCCGGUCCACGCUCUCCCCUGCAGAUGGAGGCAGUCAGCCCGGUCCUCUUUGUGCUGGGCCUCCUGCUGCUCUCUCUCUUGGCUGUGCUGCUGAUGGCAUUGUGUGUGCGUUGCCGAGAGCUGCCAGGCUCAUAUGACACUGCUGCCUCCGAUGGUUUGACCCCAAGUAGCAUCGUGAUCAAACCGCCUCCCACAGCCGCCUCCUGGCCACCAGCCACUUCCUACCCGCCUGUGACCUACCUGCUCCAGAGCCAGCCAGACCUGCUCCGUAUCCCGAGAUCCCCACAGGCCCCCGGAGGCUCCCCCCGCAUGCCGUCUUCCCAGCAGGACUCAGAUGGUGCCAACAGUGUGGCCAGCUAUGAGAACGAGGGUGCGUCAGGGGCCCCGGCGGCCCUGGUUGGGAGGAGGCUGGGGCCUGUCCUGGGAUCCGCUGACCCUGUGUCGUUACCCACCCCAGAGGCAGUCUGUGAGGAUGCGGACGAAGAUGAGGAUGAGGAAGACUAUCCCGAGGGCUACUUGGUCGUGCUUCCUGACAACGUCCCGGCCACUGGCGCCGCCGUCCCACCAGCUCCUGCGUCCAGCAACCCUGGCCUCCGAGAUAGCGCCUUCUCCAUGGAGUCGGGGGAAGAUUACGUGAAUGUCCCUGAGAGUGAGGAGAGCGCGGAUGCAUCUCUGGAUGGGAGCCGGGAGUACGUGAACGUGUCCCAGGAGCUGCCGCCCGUGGCGAGGACCGAGCCUGGUGUGUGUCGGGGGAGCAGGCCGGAGUUCCCAGGAGGUGGAGGGUGAGGAAGCUCCAGAUUACGAGAAUCUGCAGAUCCACUGAAGGCCCGGUGAGAGGCCCGCCCGGCCCGGCCCUGCCCCGGGCCUGCGGGCCCUCCCCGCCCUCUCCUCUCUGAGUCUGGGGCCCCUGUGGCUGCCACCGACCUCCUGACCCUGUGCCCCUCCCUCUGUCCCUGUCCCGCUGUGUUUCAGUGGGAGGCCGCGUGGGGUCUGGAGCCAGCCUUGCCUGGGAGUGCUGAGCUGAGCAGCCGGCAGCGGCUCUGUGGGCCCCCACUCGGCAUCCCACCCCGCCUCCAGCCUGACGACAGCCUGAGAACUUUCCCCCUAACUUAUUGUCACUCCGGGGUCCCGUCUGUGUGGCCCCAGUACUCUGCACCUUCUGAUGCAGCCUGAGAACAAGCCACCCUGGCCCCAGCCCUGCUCUGUAACAGAAUAAAGGCUGCUGUGGUCUGUAGUGCUCUUAGCUUUGGGGGGCCCAGUGGGUCGGAGUCAGGGUGAGGGUGGGCUGUGUCCGAGGUCCUGAGUGUGUGUGUGUGUGCGCAUGUGUGUGUGUGUGUGUGUGUGUGUGUGUGUGUGUGUGUAUGUGUUUGUGGGUCUCCAUCCUUGCAGACCCUCUGUGCUCCCGAGGGUCCUGACCAGGUAUGUGUGAGUGACUGAACGAAGCCUGGGACACGUCACCUUCUGAGUGAGGCAGUUCUGAGCCCAGCUGGCACUCCUGGGGCUCAGGUGCAUCUCCUCAUGAGUUAGUCCUUGGAAGUGGCAGACGACGGCCGAGGUGAUGGGAGAACAGGGCGUGGGGAAGCGCUGGGUGGGCGUCUAGAGCAAGACCCUUCCCCACCGGCCCCUGGUUUCUCCAUCUUUAAAACAAGGGGGUGGACUUGAUGACCUCAAAGGGCUUGCUUAUUUAAAAAAAAUUAAUUAGUUUUUGGCUG